CGAACCGUUUUUGCAUGAGGAAUACAAUUAUCCAGGUACUUUGUCCCAAUUUGGUCUGCAACUCUUCGAAUAGGGGAUUUUGUGAUCGGGAAAACCCUAAAAUCCGAAAUUUGGAAACUUUGCAAUUCACCAUCAAUCCGGAGGUGAUGUCUGAGAUGGCAGGAACAUUUUUUGAUUGAUGCACGAUGUCCAAAUGGCCGGAGGUGGCCGGAAUCCGCCCAGACCCGCUAGAAACCGCCGAGUCGGAUUGCAGGACCGAUCUGCUGAUUCCAGUAACCAAAUUUGCUAUGGCUGGUGGCGUUGGAGUCGUAUGACUGUGAGGAACAAUUUGGGGGCAUUUUGAGACUUCACCGCUGCAUGUGGUGGCCAGAAAAUGGUGCUCCGCUGACUGGAAGUCGCCACCUUUGAUCUGCCGGAUUCUUGCGUCUUUUCCGACGAAGUCUGGGUGCGUUGAGGUCGCCUCACUAGCGACGAGCAUCCUUCAGCCUGCACGUUUGAUCAUCGCUAGAGAUCCGACCGUUGGAUUUUGCUAAAAUUUUCAGAGAGUGUUCCCAACACACAGGGCUUCAAUCUGUUCAAUAUUCACGAGGAGUCUAAGGAGUCAUGGAGCUUCAAUUUGAACGGUGGAGAUCAAAUUACAAUGAUUCAAUCUCGAUUUAUGAGCUUUGGAUAAGCCUGUAUAUUUUUAUAGAUAAAGGCAGAAUCUUUGUUUGAAGGUGUACUCGAAUCUACGUCCUUGAAGAACAUCUUGGGGAAGGUGUAACAAGUUGUGGAGAUAGAUGCUGAAAAAUUUUGUCGUCAAGUCAUUCGAUUUGGUAAGUCAUAUGUUGGAGCAUUUUUGUUUGGAAUAAAAUCUGCACAGUAACGUGUAAAAAAUCUGAUUUGAAAUAGGAGUUCUUUGUGCUCGGAUUUUUAGGUCCAAAGAAGCAUGAUAAAGAUUGGAGUGAUGAAUUGAUGCCGCGUAUACUUUUUAGUUGCAUUACUCCACAUCCAUUUCUUUCUUCGCUAAGUCUGUGAUUACUUCAUAUUGUCAUUUCUAUAUCAUAUAUAAAUGCAUCGAGGACUAUGCAUAAUUUAAGUGUGGGGGGAUAUUAUCAUUUUUAUUCUGUUGCUUGAGAACUCGCCAUCCACCGAGAAGAUCCCGCUGUUCUUCAUGGUUUGCCGGAGGAAGGAGGAGGAACGUUGGACCUGGUUGUGGACCGACGGAAAGAGUGGCUCGCCGCAGAGGUUUGUCGGGGAUGACCGGACCGACGGAGAGGACCGCCAGAGGAAGUGGGAGCUCGUCGGAGGGCCGCCGCUGCUCUCCGUGGCUCGCCUAAAUAAGUGGGAGCACGUCGGAUGGCCGCCGCCGCUAUCCGUGUCUUGCCGGAAGAAGUGGAGCUCGCUGGAGGCCCGCCAUUGCCGUCUGUCGAGAAGGUGGCUCUGCCGAGGGCUGGUGGCUGCUCUCCAUGGUCGCCCAAGGUCAGGAGGAGCUCCCCACUUCUCGCCGGAAGUGAGCCGCACUGGAAGGCUCACCGAAAAGGACCAGCCGUUGUCCAAUGUCUCAAAAUGGCUUCUCCAGAUCUGGGCGGUCAAUCAACUUGAUGCAGAAGAGUAGGGCUUUUCCCUUCAACCUCUCUCUCUCCUUUUUUUUUGUUUUGUCUUUUUUUUACUUUCUCAACCCACUUUUUUUCUCCAUUACGGACUCGGAGCACAAAAGCUUUUUGUGACGGGUCCCACGGAUGGCGCCAGUGAUGGAAACCGCUUUUUCGGGGCGUCGACCCGAUGAAAUCGGUACCGGGUCGGCACCGCACCGAAUAGUGAAAUCCGGAAAUUAAAUAAAUAAAUAAAGCAGAGAGAAAUUA